AUGAACAAAACCAAAGGCCUCACUCAACAACCAGAAAGAUUCAAAUGUUCCUAUGAAUCUUGCACUCAUUCUGGUCAGACAUUUUCCGAAGAUGAAUUAAUUACUCACUGUUUGCAAGUCCACUGCAGAGAGAAUACCAAACAGGUUUGUCCAAUUUGUCUCAAGAGGGAUCUUGAUGACUCAUUGAAGGGAUCUAGGCAAUGGGGAUUCUCGACUCACAUUUACAAUGAGCAUGGUUUUAAGGCUACACCAGAACAACGAAAGAAGGAUGAAAUCGAUUAUCAGAAUUCUUUAAAGCCAACCUAUUCUUUUGCUUUGGUGAUUAUUAGAAAUCCAGUGAGUGGUAAAUUCCUAUUGGUUGAGGAGGGCUGUUCACAGGGUUGGUGGUUACCAGCUGGUAGAGUGGAUCCUGGUGAAACUUUCCAACAAGCAGCUCUGAGAGAAACUUUGGAAGAAGCUGGAAUUCAUGUCGAAUUGAAAAAUAUUUUGAGAUUUGAGUAUUCUCCUUAUCACGAUGGAGGUGCUAGAUCAAGAGUCAUUUUCUAUGCUGAACCAUUGGAAGAAGAUCCAGUUUUGAAAUCAAUUCCUGAUUUUGAAAGUGUAUGUGCUAAAUGGUUUUCAUAUGAGGAAUUUGAAAAUGAUUUUCUCCAGAAGAGAACAAAGAAACUGAGAGGAAUGGAACCAUUCCAAUGGUUUAAAUAUGUUCAUGAAGGAAAACCAAUGUAUCCUCUUUCAAUGCUCACUCUUGAAGGAGCUCCAUAA